CUAUAUUUCUAUUUUCCAUAUCUUUUUCCUUCAAUGUAUCUAUUUCCACUGCCUCUUCCCAAGAGAGAUUGAGAGAAUUGCUUCUGCUUUUGUUGUUUCCUUGUUUUGUUCGAUAGAUAGUUACACAGAUACAAUGUCCGCUUACAAAGACAAAGAUCCUCGUAUCAAUGGGAUCAAAACUACCAUUCGUGUUGUUCCUGAUUUCCCUAAACCAGGUAUUAUGUUUCAAGAUAUCACUCCUCUUUUUCUGGAACCCAAAGCAUUCAAAGAUUCCGUCGAUAUAUUCAUCGAGCGAUACCAAGGAAAAAAUAUUUCAGUUGUUGCAGGGAUAGAGGCUCGGGGUUUUAUAUUUGGUCCUUCCAUUGCAUUGGCUAUAGGAGCAAAAUUUGUCCCUUUGAGAAAACCAAAGAAACUGCCUGGCGAAGUUAUUUCGGAAGAAUAUAUUCUGGAAUAUGGAAGGGAUUGUCUUGAGAUGCAUGUGGGAGCUGUUGAACCAGGUGAACGUGCUUUGGUGGUUGAUGAUCUGAUUGCCACCGGUGGCACCCUCUGUGCAGCCAUGAACUUACUAGAACGCGUUGGGGCUGAAGUAGUUGAAUGUGCAUGUGUCAUUGAGCUUCCAGAUCUAAAGGGUCGAGAGCGGUUGAACGGCAAGCCAUUGUAUGUACUUGUGGAGGCUCAUUGAUCCUUGCAGAUAAACCCUUUCCUUAGCAUGGCAAAAUGUACAUUAGAGGGCAUCAGGAAUCUGCUUCAAUUGUUUCCAUGAUUAGUGAAUUUUGAUGAUUGAGACCCUAUUAGCAAAUAGAAAAAAUUGAAUUUAUUCCAUGGGCUUUUGAUUUGAAAACUGCUUGUAGGAUUUCCUUUUAAAAGAUGAAUUUACAUAAUCCCUUUUGGGAUUCUCUC